GGUCUCCAUAUAAAUCAUAAUUGCCGCAUUAUUAAAAUGCGAUUUGAAAAUUAACACGCUUCAAAGCUUUUUCGGCCUCUCAACCGAACAGACAUAUCAAACGAAGAUUACAGGAUGAGUCCGUGUCUCAAAAUUGCAGCAUUAUUAGUUCUGCUUCCAUGGCUUGAAAUGAUAAAUUGCCAAACAUGUUCGGAUUGUUCACUGACAGGCGGCACAUACGCCUGUGUGGAUGAAUUCAAGUAUGGAAUCUGCUUCGGUCUGGGUGCCGUCCAACCCGAUGCCAUUGAAUCAUGUCCAGAUGGUCUAUACUGUAAUGUUGAUGGCACAUUUUGCACACCGAUGGAGACCUCUUCUCCAUCCUGUGUAACAUCCACGACUACAGUGGCAUCAAGUGAGUCGUCCUCAUCGCAGUCCACGGAAUCGACUACAAGUGUGACCACGGAUUCGUCCACCUGCUCAGAUUGUUCACUGACAGACGGCAUAUAUGCCUGUGUGGAUGAAUUCAGUUAUGGAGUCUGCUUCGGUCUGGGUGCAGUCGAUCCCGAUGCCAUUCGUUCAUGUCCAGAUGGUUUAUACUGUAAUGUUGAUGGCACAUUUUGCACACCGAUGGAGACAUCUUCUCCAUCCUGUGUAAGUACCACAACUGUGGGGCCCACUGAUUCGUCAACUUCACAGACCACAGAAUCUUCUACAUCGCAGUCCACAGAUUCGUCAACAGUUAUACCCACUGAUUCUUCCACCCCUCAGCCCACAGAAUCGUCUACAUCACAGGUCACAAUAUCAUCUACAUCGCAGGUCACAGAUUCAUCUACAUCGCAGGCCACAGAUUCUUCAACAGUUACACCCACUGAAUCGUCCACCCCACAGUCCACCGAUUCAUCUACAUCGCAGGCCACAGUUUCUUCAACAGUUACACCCACUGUUUCGUCCACCUCGCAGUCCACAGAAUCGUCUACAUCGCAGGUCACAGAAUCCUCUACGUCGCAGGCCACAGAAUCUUCUACAUCGCAGGCCACAGAUUCUUCAACAGCUACACCCACUGAAUCGUCCACCCCACAGUCCACAGAUUCUUCAACAGUUACACCCACUGAAUCGUCCACCCCACAGUCCACCGAUUCAUCUACAUCGCAGGCCACAGUUUCUUCAACAGUUACACCCACUGAUUCUUCCACCCCGCAGUCCACAGAAUCGUCUACAUCGCAGGCCACAGAAUCUUCUACGUCGCAGGCCACAGAAUCUUCUACAUCGCAGGCCACAGAUUCUUCAACAGCUACACCCACUGAUUCGUCCACCUCGCAGUCCACAGAAUCGUCUACAUCGCAGGUCACAGAAUCUUCUACGUCGCAGGCCACAGAAUCGUCCACCCCACAGUCCACCGAUUCAUCUACAUCGCAGGCCACAGUUUCUUCAACAGUUACACCCACUGAUUCUUCCACCCCGCAGUCCACAGAAUCGUCCACCUCGCAGUCCACAGAAUCGUCUACAUCGCAGGUCACAGAAUCCUCUACGUCGCAGGCCACAGAAUCUUCUACAUCGCAGGUCACAGAAUCCUCUACGUCGCAGGCCACAGAAUCUUCUACAUCGCAGGCCACAGAUUCUUCAACAGCUACACCCACUGAUUCGUCCACCUCGCAGUCCACAGAAUCCUCUACGUCGCAGGCCACAGAAUCUUCUACAUCGCAGGCCACAGAUUCUUCAACAACUACACCCACUGAUUCGUCCACCUCGCAGUCCACAGAAUCGUCUACAUCGCAGGUCACAGAAUCCUCUACUUCGCAGGCCACAGAAUCUUCUACAUCGCAGGCCACAGAUUCUUCAACAGCUACACCCACUGAUUCGUCCACCUCGCAGUCCACAGAAUCCUCUACGUCGCAGGCCACAGAAUCUUCUACAUCGCAGGCCACAGAUUCUUCAACAACUACACCCACUGAUUCGUCCACCUCGCAGUCCACAGAAUUGUCUACAUCGCAGGUCACAGAAUCUUCUACGUCGCAGGCCACAGAAUCGUCAACAGCUACACCCACUGAUUCUUCCACCCCGCAGUCCACAGAAUCGUCCACUUCGCAGUCCACAGAAUCGUCUACAUCGCAGGUCACAGAAUCGUCCACCCUACAGUCCACAGAUUCUUCAACAGCUAUACCCACUGAUUCGUCCACCUCGCAGGUUACAGAUUCGACAACACCAAUAACAACAACAGUCGCUCCCGAAGUUGAUCCCGAUGUAUACUGUGCGGGUCUCAACAAGAAAGGCUAUUUCAGAGUAGAGAGUGAUUUAACCUGCAAAGAAUAUGUGUACUGCUAUAAACUAUCGGGAGAAUAUUUCGGCUGGCUCUACUAUUGUAACACCAACGAAUAUUAUAACUCCAAAACUAGUCUCUGCGAAACUGAACGACCUGAUGACUGCUGACAGUCAUUAUUAUGUUACAUUAUAUUACUCGCAAAACUGUAUAAAAGUACGAUAAACUACUGCGAGGCAAAAAAAUAAAUAAAAUAUUUUAUAUAACUUAAUAUAAAUAA